AAAAACAGCACAAGGUUCUUCGUCCCUUGUUAUGUUUCCUCCUUUAAGCUAUUCAACGCAUCUCAAUCUGCUCGCUCGAUUAUGUACAUCUCUCUCCGUCUCUCUUAAAAGAAAAAGAUAAUCAAUUUAGUAAUUCCAAAGAAUCCAAUUCCUCUCUGAAUUCUUAAUACGAUUCUCUCUGUUUUCCUAGGAAUCGAAACCCCUUAUCUUUAUUGCUUCCUUAGCUUUCAUGGCCGAUCAUUUUCACCUCCUUUUCAGUUUGGUAGCAUUUGAUCGGAUCCAGUCGAUAGUCUCUUGCAGUGAUAAGAGGGAGCUGAUUAUUGGGCCUUCUUAGCAGAUUCAUAUCCUGCGAUUGUUGAACCAAUACCAGUUGUAUUGUAAUGCAAUCAGUUGAUGAGGAGAAUAAUAAUAAGAAGAAUUUGAAGCGUUCAAGAUCAUCUAGUUACGACAUGCCUGUGACUGACUCCAAUUUUGCGCACAGUCUUGAUGACUGUGUUCUUUUCCCAGUGGAAGAGAUUGUGCAGUACCCAUUGCCUGGAUACAUUGCUCCAACUUCAAUCAGUUUCAGUCCUGAUGAUACUAUUAUAACAUAUUUGUUUAGUCCUGAUCACACUUUGAAUAGAAAGGUAUUUGCUUUUGAUCUCAAAACUUGCAAGCAAGAAUUGUGUUUCAGUCCUCCUGAUGGUGGACUUGAUGAGAGCAAUAUAUCACCAGAAGAAAAGUUGAGGAGAGAGAGGUUGAGGGAGCGUGGGUUGGGAGUGACACGGUAUGAAUGGGUGAAGACAAGCUCCAAAAAGAAGGCAAUCAUGGUUCCAUUGCCAGCUGGGAUUUAUUUCCAAGAUCUUUCCCAUUCAACAGCAGAGCUCAAGCUUCCAAGCACAUCAGGCUCACCAAUUAUUGAUCCGCAUCUAUCCCUAGAUGGUACAAUGCUUGGUUAUGUAAAAGAUUGCGAGUUGCAUGUUCUGAAUUUGAUAUGCAAUGAAUCUAAACAGUUAACGUAUGGUGCCAGACCCAGAGGAAAUGAUUUGACUCAUGGCCUUGCUGAAUAUAUAGCUCAGGAAGAAAUGGAUCGGAAGAAUGGGUACUGGUGGUCCCUAGACAGCAAAUUCAUCGCAUUCACAGAAGUUGAUUCUUCUGAUAUCCCUCUUUUCAGAAUCAUGCAUCAAGGUAAAAGCUCUGUUGGUUCAGAAGCUCAGGAAGAUCAUCCGUAUCCCUUUGCAGGAGCUUCAAAUGUCAAAGUUCGCCUAGGAGUGGUUUCUUCUUCUGGAGGUCCUAUUACUUGGAUGGAUCUUCUGUGCGGGGGAACAGAUCAACCAGACAGUGAAGAGGAAUAUCUGGCAAGAGUAAAUUGGAUGCAUGGAAAUGCUUUAAUAGCUCAGGUUCUGAACAGGUCCCACAGCAAACUAAAGAUCCUUAAAUUUGACAUUAAAACUGGGAAGAGAAAAGUUUUGUUGGUAGAAGAACAAGGAACGUGGGUUACCUUACAUGACUGCUUCACACCCCUAGACAGAGGGGUAACCAAAUUUUCAGGGGGAUUUAUCUGGGCAAGUGAGAAAACGGGAUUUAAACAUCUUUAUCUGCAUGAUGCCAAUGGAACAUGUUUAGGACCUAUCACCGAAGGAGACUGGAUGGUUGAGCAGAUUGCCGGUGUAGAAGCUGCGGGACUUGUUUAUUUCACUGGAACCUUGGAGGGACCUUUAGAGUCACACCUUUAUUGUGCAAAACUAUUUACGGAUGGAAAUCAAGCCUUGCAAGGGCCAGUGAAGUUGACUCAUGGCAAGGGGAAGCAUGUGGUGGUGCUUGAUCAUCAUAUGAAGAAUUUUGUUGAUAUCCAUGAUUCCCUUGAUUCUCCCCCUAAAGUUUUACUCUGCUCCUUGCUCGAUGGAAGCACAAUUAUAUCUCUAUAUGAGCCGUCAUUUACAGUUCCAAGAUUCAAAAGGCUUCAACUUGAGCCACCUGAGUUGGUUCAUUUACGGGCUAAUGAUGGGACAACACUGUAUGGAGUUCUAUAUAAGCCUGAUGAAACAAGAUUUGGGCCGCCUCCUUACAAAACUUUGAUCAGUGUAUAUGGUGGACCAAGCGUACAGCUUGUCUCUGAUUCUUGGAUAAAUACAGUUGACAUGAGAGCACAGUAUCUAAGAAGCAAAGGAAUUUUAGUAUGGAAGUUAGAUAACAGAGGAACUGCUCGGCGUGGACUAAAGUUUGAAGGCUCGUUAAAAUACAAUGUUGGUCGUAUUGAUGCUGAUGAUCAGCUAACUGGAGCUUUGUGGCUUAUAGAAAAAGGCUUAGCAAAAGUAGGGCACAUUGGGUUGUAUGGUUGGAGCUAUGGUGGAUAUCUUUCAGCUAUGACUUUGGCCAGGUUUCCUGAUGUCUUCCGUUGCGCAGUGUCCGGUGCCCCUGUUACAUCAUGGGAUGGAUAUGACACAUUCUAUACUGAGAAAUACAUGGGGCUGCCUUCUGAGAAGGAAGAAGGAUACGAGUAUAGCUCCGUGAUGCACCAUGUGCACAAGAUGGAAGGAAGGUUGUUACUUGUGCACGGCAUGAUUGAUGAAAAUGUGCAUUUCAGGCAUACUGCCAGGCUUGUCAAUGCACUUGUUGCAGCUGGUAAGUCGUAUGAACUAUUAAUUUUCCCAGAUGAACGUCACAUGCCGCGCCGGCAUAGGGAUCGGAUUUAUAUGGAAGAGAGAAUUUGGGAAUUUAUAGAAAGAAAUUUGUGAAAAAUGAAACUUGUGUUUAUAUCUUUGUUGCUCUUGUAAGAUCUUCUUGGUGGUGCCCUGGUGGACAAGGUGGGAAAGAGAAAUUGUAUGUUAAGGCACUACUUGUGUUGUGUAUCUCUUUAUUUUUAUCAAUUAAGUUAAAAAUAAACUAUAUUUCGUUUGUCCAAAUUGUUACUGGAUGUUCUAUCAGUGAAAAAUCGUCUUGAGUUGGCUCUUA